GGCUGUAAUAGCAUGUACAUAAAUUUUACCAGUUUGGGAACUUUGUUUUCAAGCGAUCUGCGGCCAAACGCCAAGUUGUCUGGCCAGUAUCAUUGGACAUGGGCUAUUUUACUUCAAGAAAAGUUCCUGAAGCCUUUUUAAUAUGAUGGACGAUUUGUUAUCUAAUGGAAAGGGGACCUUCAACGUUCAUUUGAGCGGUGGUUCGCCUUGGGGCUUUACUCUCCAUGGAGGAAGCGAGUUCAACUCAAAGCUGUAUAUUAAAAGGAUAACACCAGGUGGGAAGGCGUCCAAGAGCAGAGCUUUACAAGUAGGGGAUGAAGUGUUAUGCGUCAAUGACAUAGAAUGUUCUACAAGAGCAAAAGCUAUAGAACACGUCAAAGAUUCUGGACAAACUCUACAGCUGACUAUCAAAAGAACAAGCAAUGAUUCAAGUGGUGAUAUAACAAGCGCAAGACAAAAUGGCAUUAAAGACAAAUCCAUGGAUUCUCCAUCAAAAUAUCAUCCAUCAGGCUUGGAUGAAGUCAAACAAAAUGACUUUUAUUCUACUUACUCUGUCGACCCAGUUGUUUAUGCUAAAAUAGUAGAGAAAACAAAAGAUAAAAAUAAUAAAAUGGCCAAUUCAUAUGACAGUGAACUAAGUGCAUCCAAUGAGGACCUACUAAACAGUUAUAGGAAAAGAGGUGUAGCUGGAAGUGAGGAAGAACUGGAUAAUAUUGAAAAACCUAGUUUUUCCAAUGGAAGGAUAAGUCCAAACAAAGAAKUAAGAAUGCCAAGUCAAAACCGACAGUUGAUUAACACUUUGCAUUCAAGAGCAAAGUCAUGGAGCGAACAUCGUGGGCACAGCGUGCCAGAAAGUCAGCUUCAUGGUCGAACUUUCACUUCACCUGGUCGGAUUCAAAAAGUAAAGAUUACAAGCACUAACAUAUCGUCAUCAAGCUCAACCUUUAGCAGUCCAGAUGAUGAAGGCUCUCGACAACACAGAAGAAUUUCUCCAGUCAAACACAGCCCUAUCGCGAGACAAUUUAAUACGAACGAGACAGAGGCUACAGCUGACCGCGACAACUGGUUUGAGAGAUGGCUUCGAGAUGACAAAAGCCGUGCGACGGCAGACAAGGACAUUUCAGUGAAAGAUGCAUGUUCUAAGUUUGAAGAAGAGGAAGGAAAGCAAGAUGUCCCUAAAUCACCAACUUCCAACAGAUCGAAUUUCUCUCGAAGCAAAAGUUUUAGUGGACGGCCUUCGUACGGUGUUGUAUUUGGCACCACAGCAGUCAAAUCAGACGACCAGCAUUCAGAAAUCACCGCUUACCAAGCUCCUUUGCCGUCCACAACAAGAUACAACUCCGCUGACCUCCUACGAGACAAAGCGCGAAAAAACAUCCCAGCAGAAAGCUGGAAGCACGUUGAAGUUGAAACGUCUCCACGUAAAGUCACAACGAUACAAGAAGAAAGAAAUGUUCAAAGAAUGAAUAGAAAAUCACUAGGAGCAUUCCCUAUGGUCAGUAGUACGUCUAGUUUGGACUCGUUUGGCGAUACUAGACGACAAGGACCAGCCAUUCCUCCUAGACGAUCCGAAUCGAAGCUCUUGAGGUCAAUGCGAAGAGGGAAGKCAUCACAGAGCUCUUUACUCGGCCGCAAAGUGCACAGACAAGAACUCGCCUUACUACAGAGGAAAAAACUCGACAUCAACAUCAACAACAACCGCAACAACAACAACAACAACAACAACAACAACAUGAUCUAGCAUCACACCAACAAACAUCACAACAGCAUCAACGACUACAGCAGCAUCACAAACCACAACAGCAUCCUCAACCCCAGUAUAUUCAAAAAGCACAACAAGAACCACCACAACAACAACAACAACGACAAGCACCACCACCAUCACCACAACAACAACAACAGAUUAAAUCAUAUCAACGACCACAACAAGAAAUCCGCAAACAACAAUACACACAACGGCAACAGGAUCAUCAACAAAAAGAAAAGCAGCAACAGCAACAAAAGCAGCGCCAAUCUUUCCAACAAGAGGCUGAUUCGCUAUCUAGCCGAAUCGAGGAUACGCAGAUUCUGCAGAAGCUUAUGAAAGACAGCCAAGUCGUCUCGCCGCCGCAGUCCGUUAGGUCGCGAAUUCAGAAAAUCGAAAAAAGUUCCUCGCAACCAAAUCUUCUGGAAGAAGGUCCAAAUGACUUCCAGCUCAAACCAGGAGCACAGCAUCACAAGCAACGUUCAUGGGAUAACUCUUAUGGUGCCUUCAACAGAACGUUUUCGAGUGCAAGAUCCGAACUUCGAUCAACCGGUCGCUUUGGCUCGACAGAGAGGCUUCUUGAUUCGAUUGAACAUGAUGAACCAGAGAACAAUAAGAUUGUUGAGAAACCGAUAUCUCCUGUUAAAGUUACAUCAAGGGAAAUAACUGCAACUACAAGAACAGUGGUGCAAUCGCCUUCUACACAAGGGGAAAAACCGCAGAAAAGUUACAAUUCUCUUGAAAACCCGAUAAAUGAGCAGGUUUUGCGCACUGAGUCGUCAAGCACACAGGAAAAGGAGGUGUAUUUAGAAGAAAUGUUCAAAACCUUGGAAGAAAAACCAGCUAAAAACACUAAACAAGUCCCCAACAGAAACUUAGCCAUUCAAACACAGAGUGAAAGAAAUACCAAGCUUUCUGUUGGCGAUGACGACGUUUUUACAAACACAACACUCGACGACUCACUCCCACCACCACCACCCCCAUCAUACAGUUAUCACGAGACUUCUUACGAAAAUCUUCCACUCCCUACUCCCCCUCGAGAGAUAUUUGUGGGAGAGCCGUUCCGUGCGGCGUUCAAACGUGAUAAGAAUCGAAAUGAAGUUUACAAUGCCGAAGCAAAAAGCAACGAAAGGCUUUCUUUUACGGAAAACAAAUUAAAAACUGAAGAUAGCGAUAUGGUUAUCCACAAUGUCGAUAAAAAUGAAGGUCAGAAGGGGCUUGAAGAUCGACAACUCAGCAGUGAAGAGUCGAUGAAUGUGAAAAAUUCGAAAUACGAGGAACGUUUUAAUGAGAGAAAAACAGAUAGCAUGAGUGAUAAUUAUAUAAAUACGGAGUACAAACCUAUGCCGUCGCCUAAAGAGAAAACUUUUAAUGAAUCAACUUCGCCUUCUAAAAGUGAACUGGAUUCUACAGAAACUAUAAUCACUAAGCAGUCACCAUCGCCAAUUGUUAUGUCAUCAACGCCAACACGAAGUGAUUUCAAUGGUGACGAGCGUGCAAGUCCUGACAGCGAUCGAGGUGGUAAUACCAGUCCGCUAUCUGGAUCGAGUCUGUCCACGCCGUCGAGUAGUAGACCUGGAAGCAUGAUGAGCCCAAAGCUGGAACAACUGGAUAAGGAAAAGUGUGAGCUUGUGGAUAGUAUGAAAAAGAAAAUCCAAGAUCUCAGGACACAAAUGAAUGAAAUAACUGAAGAAAUAAAUGAAAAUGAGAAACUAGGAGAAAAGGUUACAGUACUCGUCGAGGGAAAGGCUACUCCUUCAGAGUUUUCCAAGUACCAACGAUUCACAGGAGAAUUAAACAAGAUCGUUUUACUUCUGCUCUCAUUAACGCAACGAAUGCACCGAUAUGAAAACACCCUGCAAGAACUAGACAUGUCGGAGGAAGCCGACCGACAACAACGAGACAUUUUGCUGGACAAGAUCGACCAUGUCAAAUCACAAUACGAGGAAGCGUGUAAGAUCAAAGAAGUCAACGACAAACGCGGUGAAGUUGUUUCAGGAUUCUUAGAAAACUACUUAGAUGAAGAUGAAUUUGCAGACUUUCAGUACUACAUUGACAUGAAGACACAGUUGGCGCUGAUGCACGCAGAGAUAAAGGACAAAGUUAAAAUGGGUGAGGAGCGCCUCAACACUCUAAGCGCUACUGCCAUCGACUGGAACGUGUCCAGCUUUUGUGGUUAUUAACUAGUUUAAGAGGAGAACUUUCAUAGAAUUUGUAGAUAUCGUGAUCUAGUUGUCGUGCGCCUUAAUUUAGGCCCCAAGGGAAUGUGGACUGGAGCARUCAAAUGUUACAAAGUAGCCCUCCUUAUGGGGCGCCUAUCCUAAGUCUUCCUGCUCCCAUCCCCUCCCAUUCUAUCACAAUCCCCACCCCCUUAAUAUGGACUGAUUAAACAAUAGGGUAGUCGUAUCUAGGGCAUUAUAUGUGAUAGUUGCCCUUGGAAACUGGAUUGAUGUUCGGAGGAGCAAAUAGUAGCCUGAAAACGCACUUCGAGGGCGACUAUGAAGUUUUGAGUAACAUCCAGUUUCCAAGGGCAACUAUCACAGCAAGAUGCCCGAGAUUUAAACUGCUCUAUUGUUUUUAUCAUUCAACAACAAUAUUUUCUGAAGCAGCUGGCACAAUAGCAUCACGCGGUCGACUUUCCACGAAUGAGAGCGGAGGAAAAAUUGUUGUUGGAUUAUAAUGCUUGAUAGAGGAAGGAUUUACAUUGAAACGUUUCAGUUGUCAAUGGGAUAUUGGUAGUCAGGGAAAACAAGAUUUCUAAAAAAAAUUAGAAUAUUUUGAUGUGUGUAAUUCUAGGUAGUUAGGUCGUUGCCAGGGGAGAUAGGGAAACUCUAUUUUCGUCUUCUUAUAUUGCAAUCUGAGUCCUUCUUGCAAUUAUCUUUAUUAUUUAAGUGCAAAAUGUCUAAUAGCGUCCAAAAUGGCGCCAAAAUGCAUAAUCUCUUUCUUGAGUUUCUUAAAAAAAUGAGUUAACUUUUUACAAUUUCAAAUGUAUAUUUUGAGGAAUUAUUUCAAGAUAGGUGUGUAUCGUGAAUUUAUUGAAAGCAAUAGUUUACCACAGUUUACACGUAAACGGAUUAAAAUGUACUUUCUAAAAAAAUACAAUUCUUUAGAAGAUGAAUACGUCCACCAGAUUUCUGUUAUCUUUUUAACAUGUACAUAGAUAAACUUACAGUUUCGAAACACAGCACAAUGAACUUCAAAAUGAAUAGAAUUCUUGUAUUCGGUAUUUGGGUCGUUUAUUUUGAGCAAUCCCAAAAGAGUUAGAUUUAAAAUAAAUUUGAAAAGCCUACGAGAAGUGUUAUAGUUUUCUAAGGCGCGAGAAAUCAGCGCUUUAUCAGUUACAAUGUAAUGUUUUUGUACAUUCCUGCCGUUGGGAAGAAUAAGAUUUCAAAAGCGUUAUAAACAGAGGAAUAUGUCAAAUCUUGAUGUUUUGGUUGAUAGUGCACUAAUGGGUGAUGUUCAGCGACGCCAUUAUAGAAUAUUGGGGUUUUAAUGGGAACGCUUUUUAUGUUCUCAAAAAAUAACACGAAGAAAUGACACAGACAUUUAACAGUGCAAGGACUCCCAUUAUGAUUUGUACCAUAGUGAAAUGGCGUCGCGGUACAUUGCCUAUUUGCCAAAGAGGAGUGUUUUUCACUGAAGGGGAUAAAUACUCGAUGUGUAAUACCAUCAAAGGCCUUUGUAGGUGAAGYGGCAUUUUUCUCAGAAAACUUUCYGCUUAAGUUAGAGGAGUCGUGUUUCAGUUUGCUGGAACCUAAACCGUGAAAUAGAGCUUUUGCUUCUUAUGAAUUAAUGGAUAAUUUUUAGGGUGUAAUUAGAAURUUUUUAACGGCCUGGCUGCUGUGUUCCAGAGCCUUAGAUUUAAAGAACUGUGUGUAUCCUGGAACCCUUGCGAUCUGUUUUGUUUUACGAAUCUGAUCUUGAAAGUUGAUUCCUGCUUGGUUCAAAAUCAAAGAUGGUUUUAUUUUUCAUCUGGUAAAAAGCGAGCAAAGGUUCUUGGAUGCAUAUGGGUCUUUAAGCCGUAAUCGUUUGAUUACAUAGCGGUUUGAAAGCAAACUUCUUGGAAAAUCCGACUGAUAUGACAAGACACGGAAAUCGUCAUAAAAUCCCAAAAGAAUUAAGUUGUCAAUAUUUAGAGGUACAAACUGAUUGACUACUUGUAUUAAAAAGACGAAAAUCUG